CCGGCGGGAACGGCGCAGGGUUCCGUCAACAACGGGCACCCAGAGCUCCGCCACAUUGGCACAGGGCACUGUGGUGCCACCCGUGCCGGGCAAGCGGGGCCCCAGAGCCACCCGGACUGGGUGGGCACUGCCAUGCCCCCUCCCAUGCUCACACACCCGCCCCCUGCAGCGUGUGCCGCUCUGUGCCCCUGGGCCCACAGUGCAGGCGAGUGGCACCGCCGCGCCCAGCCCCACCGGGCACCUCGGGGCACCGUCCCCAGGCUGCACUCCGGCCCCCAGGCAGCACCCUGGGCUCUGCUCACUGGGACCCCCAAGCAGCAGGUGUAGCGCUCAGUGUCUUCUCACCAACAUUUGUGGAGGUACCACUGCUGCACACACCUGGGCACCCACACAGCCUCCGUGUGCUCUGCACCCCGGAGGGCAGCGGGGAACUGCACCCGGACACCCCAGCACGCUAUUGAGUCCCUGUCAGCAACCUGGGCACCAGGUGGGUCACCUACAGUGGCACCCUGUACCCGGAAGGUGGUCACACAGAGCUGGAAGGUGUCAAAGUAGGGUGUGAGGCUGUGCACACAGCUAUGGCCAUGGCAGUGCCACCAGUGUGUUCCCAACUGUGUCACACCGUGCACGGUGGCACAGGCCUGCAGGUGACCUCAGGGUACAAGGGCAGGGGUGUCACCCCGUGUGUCUGCAUCCAACCGGGUGCGCGCUGGCACCCUGGGGUGCGUGCCCACAUCCCAGAGCAGAGGGUGCUGCUGGGGCUGGGCAUCAUCACCACUCUGCUGCCGCCGCUGGUGCCUGGUGCUGUGCAGUGCCAGUAUGCCUCCUCAGCUGCCAAAGCCCAGUGCUGGCGCAUGUCAGCAUGCCAGUGCCCAGUGAGGGCAACCAGGUGUGAGCCCGGGAGCUGCUCCUGGUGUCGGGCCAAAUGCUGCUGCCAGUGUUCCUUCCUCCCUACCGAGGGAGCAGGUGCUGAUGCAGCCCCCGUCCCAGUGCUGUGCCGUGCAGGUGGCAGUCCCAAUGCCACUGCGGGUGCUGGUGUGGAUGACAGUCCUGGUGCAGGUGCUGCUCCCCAUCCCAGUGCCAGUGUGGGUGACAGUCCCAGUGCCAGUACAGCUCCCAGUCCCAGUGCCGUUGUGGGUGACGAUCUCGGUGUCGGUGCAGCUCCCUGUCCCACUGUGGGUGCCGGUGCAGAUGACAGUCCCGGUGCCAGUGCAGCUCCCCGUCCCGCUGUGGGUGCCGGUGCAGAUGACAGUCCCGGUGCCAGUGCAGCUCUCAGUCCCGAUGCCGGUGCAGGUGCCGGUGCGGGUGACAGUCCGGUGCCGGUGCGUGUCCCCGUGCGGGGCUUCUCCUGUGCGCACGGCGGUCACCUUGGCGGCGGGGCCGGCCCCGGUGGAGCGGAGCGGUACCACCGCGCUGGGCACCGGCCGCAGUCCCCCGCCCCGCGUGGCUCCAUCCCGGUCCCAGCCGUGCCCGGUACCGGUGCCGGCCAUGGCGGAGGCAGGCGGCGCUGCGGCGGCGGCGGCGGGGGCCCGGCACGGCCCGGGCGGGGAGCGGAGCUAGGCGGGAGGCGGCCCGGGAUGGCCAGGAUGAACGUGGCCCUCCAGGAGCUCGGACACGCCAUGCCAGACUACAAGCGUGCCACGCUGCAGGAUGACGAGGGGUCAGAGCCGGCGGGGGACGGCAGCGCCUCUCCCGACAGUGUAGAGGUGGGGUUUCGGAAGGGUCCGGGGCCACUGCUGAGCCGCCUGGCCUCACGCAGCCAGCUGGAGCUGGUGCUCUGCGCUGUCGCCGUCUCGCUGGCCCUGCUGCUCAGUGUCGCCGUCGUCGCCCUGACCAUCCAGUACCGCAGAGAUCCCUCUCACAGCACAUGCCUGACGGACGCCUGCAUCCGGGUGGCCAGCAAGAUCCUGGAGGCCCUGGAUGUGGAGACGGACCCAUGCCAGGACUUCUACCAGUACUCGUGCGGGGGCUGGAUCAAGAGGAACCCUCUGCCCAAUGGGCGCUCCAAGUGGAGCACAUUCAACAGCAUCUGGGACCAGAAUCAAGCCAUCAUGAAGCAUCUCCUAGAGAAUGCAACCUUCAACUCCAGCAGCGAAGCAGAGCGGAAGACGCAGCGAUACUACCUGUCCUGCCUCAAGGAGCAGAGGAUAGAGGAGCUGGGCUCCCAGCCCCUCAUGGAGCUCAUUGACAAGCAGAUUGGGGGCUGGAACAUCACUGGCUCUUGGAACCAGACCAGCUUCAUGGAGGUCCUCAAGAUGGUGUCAGGCACAUAUCGGGCAACACCCUUCUUCACAGUGUACGUUGGUGCAGACUCCAAGAGCUCCAACAGCAACGUCAUCCAGGUGGACCAGUCGGGGCUUUUCCUCCCAUCCCGGGAUUACUACCUGAACAAGACUGCCAAUGAGAGGGUCUUAGGAGCCUACCUGGACUACAUGGUGGAGCUGGGCACACUGCUUGGGGGAGCCCCAGAGCCCACCCGCUUCCAGAUGCAGCAAGUGCUGGACUUUGAAACCCAGCUGGCCAACAUCACUGUGCCCCAGGCUGAGCGGCGGGAUGAUGAGAAGAUCUACCACAAGAUGAGCAUUGCGGAGCUGCAGGCCCUAGCCCCUGCCAUCGACUGGCUGGAUUACCUGUCCUAUGCCCUGGCCCCGCUGGAGCUGGCAGACACUGAGCCCGUGGUGGUGUAUGGGGACACUUACCUCCAGCAGGUCUCUGACCUCAUCAAUGCCACUGACAGGAGUAUCCUGAACAACUACCUGGUCUGGAACCUGGUGCAGAAGACGGCCUCCAGCCUGGACCAACGCUUUGAGACAGCCCAAGAGAGGCUGCUGGAGACACUCUAUGGCACCAGGAAGUCCUGCACACCUCGCUGGCAAACUUGUAUCUCCAACACGGAUGACACUCUCGGCUUCGCCUUGGGCUCCCUCUUUGUCAAAGCCACCUUCGACCGGGACAGCAAGGCCAUUGCUGAGGAGAUGAUCAGCGAGAUCCGGGCGGCAUUUGAGGUGUCCCUGGACCAGCUAGACUGGAUGGAUGAGAAGACCAGGCAGGCUGCGAAGGAGAAGGCAGACGCCAUCUAUGACAUGAUUGGCUUCCCUGACUUCAUCCUGGACAACAAGGAGCUGGACGAUGUCUAUGAUGGGUAUGAGGUCUCCGAGGACUCCUUCUUCCAGAACAUGCUCAACUUCUACAACUUCUCUGCCAAAGUGAUGGCUGACCAGCUCCGAAAACCCCCCAACCGUGACCAGUGGAGCAUGACCCCGCAGACCGUCAACGCCUACUACCUGCCCACCAAGAACGGCAUUGUCUUCCCCGCUGGUAUCCUGCAGGCUCCGUUCUACGCCCGCAACCACCCCAAAGCCCUUAAUUUUGGCGGCAUCGGUGUGGUGAUGGGGCAUGAGCUGACCCAUGCAUUUGAUGACCAAGGGCGGGAAUAUGACAAGGAGGGCAACCUGCGGCCAUGGUGGCAGAACUCCUCCCUGGAGGCCUUCAAGAACCGCACAGCAUGCAUGACAGAACAGUACGGCCGCUACACUGUCCACCGUGAGAAGGUCAACGGCCGGCAGACGCUGGGCGAGAACAUUGCUGACAAUGGUGGACUCAAGGCAGCCUAUAACGCAUACAAAUCCUGGCUGCAGAAGAAUGGUGAGGAGAAGCGCCUGCCAGCCCUGGGGCUCACCAACCACCAGCUCUUCUUUGUGGGCUUCGCACAGGUGUGGUGCUCCGUCCGGACGCCAGAGAGCUCCCACGAAGGGCUGGUGACUGACCCCCACAGCCCUGACAAAUACCGCGUCAUUGGCACCCUCAGCAAUUCCCGAGACUUUGUCAAACAUUUUGGCUGCCCCCUGGGCUCCCCCAUGAACCCCGGCAAGCACUGUGAGGUGUGGUAGGGAUGGGGAGGGUGCUGUGGACAGAGGGGACGAAGGCCCCCCAGCCCUCACUGGCUACUGGAGCUGGCCCACAGGCAGAGAGGGAGGCCACCUCCCGGGUCACCCUCUAUUGCGGUCCCAACCCGCGCACGCACCGCACACCGCCUCGCCCCACCUCUGCCCCCCUCCCCAGCAUACACUGCCCCACACCGGGCACCCACCACAGCCCCCAGCCACCGCCUGGGGCCAGGUACAGCUGGCAGAGAAGCCGUAGCACCCCCAAAAUGCAGCUCUGCCCCCCAACCCCUGACGUGCUAGACAGACACAGCUCUGCCCCCCCCAGUACUGCAUCCUCCCGGGGCAGGCAGGUCAGAGGGGACCCAGGGAGAGCACUAGAGCUGAGCCCCCCUGCUCCUGCCCCACAACCUGCCAGAGAUGGAGGCCAGGGGCUGCCAGGCUCUGCUCUUCCCUGGCCCCGUCCCGAUCCGGCUUGGCUUCCCCAUCCACCUCUGCUGGGACCAGUGGGCGGCAGCAGGGACUCUGGUGCCUUCAGCUGUGGGUGGCUGUCGCUGAAUUUACUUAACUAUUAAAAGCAGUUUCCACUUACUCCGGUGGUUCCACGUCCUUCGUGGUGUUGAGGCUGGAGGGGAACAGAGGUGGGAUCUGGAGUGGGGGUGACUCAGAGUCUGAGGGACUUGUAGGAAAUGAGAUAUCCCAAGGGAGCGGCAGGUGAGGCAUUUCAAAAGACAGAAGCGGGAGAUAAGACAUCGCAAGGGAUAUAGAAGCAGAUGAGAGAUCCCAAGGGACCAAAGGAAGGAGGAAGCAGAUGCGUGGGAAGGAGAACGGGAGCCGCAGGGCUGAGCUCCAGCCCCAGCACCCCUGCAGGGUCGGGGGGCCGGGUCACCCUUAAACCACAGGCACGGGGGAGCCACGCUGCCCGCUGGCACCGAGCGGGGUGGCUGGAGGAGACGGAGGGCGGCCCUGGGCGAGGCUGGGAGGCAGGAGCAGGGCUGGCAGCGCCGCAGCCCCGGCGGAGCGGAGUCCCUUCCACGGGGGAAAGCGCAGCCAAGGGGCGCCAUUGAUCCCCCGGUCACAGCACAGGUGACUCCAUCCCGCGCUGGGGCCGAGCCUGCCUCGCAGAGCGCGGGGUGCUGCCCCGGCCGCGGUCCCGCCCCAGCCCCGCGCUGGGUCCCCGCACUGCGAUCCCCGAGACA